GAGUUGUUCUGCAAGUUGAGAGAAAGUCAACUUAUUGUGUUUUGCAUAGAGAUACAUAGAUAUAUAUUUUUUAUUUUUUUUGCUGGGUGAUUAUCACUGAAGGGGACCAUGGUUAUGUUGAAGAUCUCCGCUUUCCUCGUUGCCUACGCCCUGGUCAUUUGCCAGAUGUACUGCUCACAAGCCGCCCCUGCCAGACCGGGUUUAGAGUCCAUGUCAGACCGAGUCACGCUCACGGACUACGAGGCGCGAAGGUUACUCAACGCCAUCGUCAAGGAGUUUGUGCAGAUGACGGCGGAGGAGCUGGAGCAGCAGGCGACUGAAGGAAACAGCAUGGACAGGCCCCUAACCAAGCGGUGCGCCAACCUCAGCACCUGUGUGUUGGGCAAACUGUCUCAGGAGCUGCACAAGUUGCAGACGUUCCCUCGCACGAACGUGGGAGCAGGAACGCCCGGCAAGAAGCGCAGUGCGCCUGAGAGCGACAUCUAUGCAAGCUACGGCGAGACGUUUGACAGCAUCUAAACCCUCUUCAUCCGCCCUCAGCACCCUUUUACCUUUACUGCAUUUCCUCCUCCUCUUCCUUUCCUUUUCCUGCUCCCCUGUCCUCUUCCUCUCCUCAUCCCGGUUUCUUCCUUAUUGCUUUUGAAUCGGCAAGUGCAUGUUGAUUUUACCUGCUUGAUUGACAUGAGAAGAAUAUAACCUUUUAAUUGCAACCAACUUUUCAGUUCAUUCUCCUCCCAACCUUUUUUGUUUUUGGCAGAGAAUGAUUUGUCCCUUUAAUUUCAGACGAUCAGACAUAAAUGUAAUUCAGGAGCCAGUUCAGACAUCCAUCUCUGUGUACUGUGCGUGGACUCAUCUGAUGGCAUUCCAAAGCUCUGAGAUUUAAGAGAAAUCACCGAACCAUUAAUAAAUGAUGCGACACCAUGUUUCUUGUUCAAUAAACGUAUUUUUCUACCAGGAAGCGUUAGCUCAUUUUCAUUCUGAAGUUAUUUUAUGAACACAUUUGCAAAUAUGGACAUAAAUAGGAUUUUAGAGGCUCCUUGAAACUAUCUCUAAAGCGCUCAUCGGGUUCAAAGGUGAGAAAAACGGCAAUGAAAAUAUGCGAUUAAAGCUUGCAGCCUUGAUGCAUAUUUUCCACGUGUAUGUCCUGUUUCUCUGUGCUGUGAAGUCAACGUUGAUACAAAUGAACUGUGUGCACUGUACAGACAUACUGUGUGUGUUAUAUGGACAGAUGUCGCAGCAGAUCUUUCCGUUAACCCCUCGUUUGUUCUCCUGAAGCAGCGUUACAGCACAGAAGCGAGCCUGCAACACGGCAACCUGCGUGACUCACCGCCUGGCGGACUUCCUCAGCCGGUCGGGGGGAAUGGGCAACAGCAACUUCGUCCCCACCAACGUUGGCGCCAAGGCCUUCGGCA